CCUUUGUCAAUGCCGCCGAUCAGGAAACCGGGUUGCUUGUCUCCGACUCCCUUGAUUUGACGGCGGUGGUCCUUGCCCUUUGAUUUUGGAAGAUCUCGCCGAACCCCCAAAAGAGGGAAGCUGGAUUUCGGAAUCCCAGGACCAUUAUUUAAUCGAAACCUAACUUCCGAGAAAAUGAAUAAAAUAAAGAAGAGGGAGAUUUGAGAUUUCCCCUGAAAGCGAAAGAAUCGGGGAGAUCUUGGAUUUCGGCCUUCUCUUUCCACGAUCUUGUCUGUAAAGAAAGAUGCGAGACGCUGACGCGCUGUUAUUGCAAUGACAACUCUCGACAGGGUAUAUAAAGCGAGGUCACGACUGUGUCCUUAGGCCGUGCUUCGAAGAGAAGGGUAAUCGAAAGGGAGACGGAAAAUAACAGCAAAAGGAAGAGCACGAGUUUCGCUUCAGCUCUUUCUACCGGCGCUUCUUCAGCAAGUGGUAUGGCGAGCAACGGCUUGGUCUCGCCGCGGAGGAGGUCGUCGGACCAGUUUGACGGCAGCGACCCGUCUCCGUGCGGUUCCGAGGAGGUCCACGUCCUCGCCGUCGACGACAGCCUCGUCGAUCGGAAAGUCAUCGAGCGCUUGCUUAAGAUCACUUCCUGCAAAGUGACAGCAGUGGAUAGUGGACUCAGAGCCCUUCGAUAUCUUGGUCUGGAUGAGGAGAAAACGGCUGGAGAUUUUAACGGGUUGAAGGUGGAUAUGAUAAUUACCGACUAUUGUAUGCCCGGAAUGACUGGUUACGAGCUCCUCAAGAAAAUCAAGGAGUCCUCUGCUCUGAGGGAAAUUCCGGUGGUGAUCAUGUCGUCCGAGAACGUCUUGGCGCGAAUCGACAGGUGUAUGGAGGAAGGUGCGGAGGAUUUCAUCGUGAAGCCGGUGAAGCUGUCGGACGUGAAGCGGUUGAGGGAUUUCAUGACGAGAGACGUCGGAGAUGGAACGAGCAGCGACGGGGGAGGCACGACCCACAAGAGGAAGCUGCGAGAGAGCUUCCACGAGUCUCCACCCUCGUCGACCGUCUCUUGCGCGUCGUCUUCGGCCCCGGCGGCAUCCACCACGCGGUCUCGGUCACCGUCACCGUCACCGUCGGUUUCUUCGUCCAAGCCAGUAACUGCAACGACUGAUUUCGAUUUCAUGGGCUUCUUUUCCAUAAGGGGGAAGAGCAACAACGGUCGCCACGUUGAGGACAGUGAUCAACAUUUGAAUUGUCUGAAAGAAGAAACGGUUGCUUGAAGGAGACCAACAAUAAACCAGCGCCAAGUAAAUUUUCUGGAUUUUGUUGCCAAAGACGAGUAACUUGCAAUUUGCAAUAGCAAAGACCAUCGACAUAACUUAGGGUCAGAAGAGGGGAAAGCUCUAAAUCGGAGAGAGAGAUUCCUUAGACCCAAACAUUCCUCGGAGAUGAAGUCCUCGUGAAUUGAAAGAUUUUCUCGUGGAGGAUGAGGAAAACAGCGAUGAAAAACUAGGGACCGUGCAUGGAUCUGAAACAUGAUCCAGGAAUGUUAACCUGGUCGGGGUCUUCGUUGGUUUUAGGCUGCAACGGAAAGAUUCGAGCUUGAAAGAGACACUGGAAGGAAGGAAAACACUUGAGCAAGAGUAGCGAGGAAGACGAAGGUGAAAAGGCGCGGUUUUUGGCACAGUAUAUGGGGUAAUAUUAUUCAAAGGACGAGACGGUUCGCAGGACGUGCGAUGUCGUGGACACGUGGUGACUUUCUAAAGGGGGAAAAACGAAAACCUCAUGUGCGCUGAUGCCCGUCUCUGCAAAUUGUUGGAAGCAAUGAUGUUCCUUUUUAAAUAUUUUAUAGAAUUGAAAAAUCAAUAAAAAUUAUGCAAUCCUUGGUAAAGGACAUUGGGAGAAUCGAUGACUCCAAAAUAUGAUUAUCGCUUUAGGGCGAAGGAUGAUAAAAAAAGAUCAUGACUUGACAACAUAGCUUCUGUAAAUUUUGCCAAGUGCUCGACGUGGAAAGGAAGGGAAUGUUUGAAUUAUGAAUUUCUAGUGGAGGCUUCUUUCCAGGUGGCAUUUUUCCACGCGGCAUUGGAAGUUAUAACUUUCAUGAUCAAUGUAAGAAGAGCGUAAUAUGUCCUGGAGAAUGUAUAGCGGUGAUGGUAUUUAGAGUAACAACUGCUUGUUUGAAAUCAUGGUUAGUGGCCUAUAAAUACCGACGGCCUAUCGUAAAAAAGGACAAGCCGCGCUUUUUA